AUGGAUCAGCCGCGCGUAUCAAAGCGCGCCCGAGCCACCGCUGACAUAAGACGUGCCUCGCAGCUCGGCAGUGACAUGCUGCUCGACUCCGACAACAUGAUGACACCAACCGACGACAACGACAACGUCGCCAUCAUCUCCCCCGACGACGCCGACAGCAUGAUAGACGACCCAGAGCCCACCGCAGAGGCCACACAACCAUCGGCGGAUGACUUCGAAGCCAUGCGGGACCGGUUCCUGCCGGCGCUGCCCGAAUAUGAGACAGAAGCAGAGACAUUCCACACAUGGGACAUCCAGAACUGGAGGAACCUGCCGAAGAGGACACAUGGACCGACAUUUCACUGCGCAGGACACCCAUGGCGCAUACUAUUCUUCCCCGCCGGGAAUGCCGCCUCAGAGAGCGUGUCUUUCUAUCUAGAACAAGGGUUCGAUGAGGAGAAGCCGCCGGAUGACUGGUAUGCCUGCGCGCAAUUCAUGCUAGUUCUGCAUAACCCCAACGAUCCAUCCAUAUACAUUCAUCAUGAAGCACAUCACCGCUUCACCGUCGACGAGGGAGACUGGGGAUUCACGAGAUUCGCGGACAAGAACCGGAUUUUCGCGGCGAAGUUUGAUGGGCAUGACCGACCGAUGAUCGAGAACGACUGCGCGAGGGUGACGGCCUAUGUGAGGGUCUUGAAGGACCCCACUGGUGUGCUGUGGCACAACUUCGUCAACUACGACAGCAAGAAGGAGACAGGCAUGGUCGGGCUGCGGAAUCAGGGCGCCACAUGCUACCUCAACUCACUACUGCAAUCGUUGUAUCUCACUGGAGCAUUUCGGAAAGCAGUGUACCAGAUACCAACGGCGACAGACCAGGAUCGACAGAAUUCGACAUCAGCAUACGCCCUGCAACGACUGUUCUACCGGCUGCAAGCGGACCAAGCAGCGGUGUCGACUCAAGAGCUUACACACUCGUUUGGAUGGGAGAGCCGGCAGAUUUUCGAGCAGCAGGAUGUGCAAGAACUCUCGAGGAUAUUGAUGGAGAAGCUGGAGGCACGGAUGAAGGGCACGGAAGCUGAGAAUGCACUCCCCAACAUGUUUGUCGGAAAGAUGAAGACAUAUCUGAAGUGCAUCAAUGUCGAUUACGAGUCCAGCCGGAUAGAGGACUUCUGGGACUUGCAGCUGAACGUGUCAGGCUGCAAGAGUCUGGACGACAGCUUCCGGGAUUACAUCCAAGUCGAGACUCUGGAGGGCGAGAACAAGUACAUGGCGGAAGGGUACGGAUUGCAGGACGCGAAGAAGGGCGUCAUCUUCGAAAGCUUUCCGAACGUUCUGCAUCUCCAGCUAAAGCGCUUCGAGUACGACUUCAACCGCGACGCCAUGAUGAAGGUCAACGAUCGGUACGAGUUCCCAGAGAUCUGGGAUGCAUCGCCGUAUCUGGAUGAGAGUGCAGACAAGUCAGAACCCUACAUCUACCAUCUCCACGGCGUACUGGUACAUUCUGGAGAUCUCAACGCAGGCCAUUACUACGCUUUCCUGAAGCGGGACGCCAACGGCCAGUUCUACCGAUUCGACGAUGACCGAGUGACUCGCUCGACGAAACGAGAAGCCAUCGACGACAACUUCGGUGGCGACUACGCACCGAAUGGAGUGAACGGCAACAUCAAGACGCAGAACCCAUACACAAGGCAAUGGUCCACGAAGCGGUCGAAUAACGCGUACAUGCUGGUUUACGUGCGCGAGAGCAAGUUGGACAACAUCAUCCUCCCGGACAGCGAAGUGCAGCCGCCUGAACACCUGCCCACGAAACUCGCUGAAGAGCGGGCAGCGCUCGAGAGGCGGAAGAAGGAGCGUGAGGAGGCGCAUCUGUACAUGAACGUGCAGGUUGCUCUGGAAUCAAACUUCAAGGACUUCCACGGCACUGAUCUGAUACCCUGGAACACCGACGAUGGCGACGAUCCAGCAGCUCCGAAGGUGUACAGGCUGCUUAAGAGUAUGACGGUCUCAGACUUCACGGAUUUCAUCGCUCGCGACCAGGAACUGGACAAGGAGCUGAUACGGCCAUGGAUCAUGGUGAAUCGGCAGAACGGUACUGUCCGACCCGAUCAAGCUCUGACGUGGCAGGACAUGACGCUCCAAGAAGCUGCGGACAAAUACAGCACCAGAAACUCUGGCUUCCGUGUGUUCAUGGAAGAGACUGAGCGAGGUGAAGACGGCCAGCCCAACUGGGUGUCAAGCGAGCCUCCGACCCCCGCUUCGCCUGUUGUGAACGGCAAUGUUGCACAGCAGAAGCCUAUCAUUGUCUUCUUGAAGCAUUUCGACGUUGACCAACAGCUGCUCAAGGGAGUCGGCCACAUCUACAUGAACCCCAUGGACAAAGGCCAGGACCUCGCUGUCCCAAUCCUGCAGCUGAUGAACUGGGAGCCUGGCGUCUCGCUGGAGAUGUAUGAAGAGAUUAAGCAGAACUUCAUCGAGCCUAUGAAGCCGAAGCAGACUCUGCUUGCAUCUGAGAUCCAGGACGGUGACAUCGUCUGUUUCCAGCGACAUCUCAGCGAUGAGGAAAAGGCAGCGAUGCAGCAGACCAACCCCACAGCCAGCCUGGUCGCGCCACAGUUCUACGACUUCCUCAUCAAUAGGAUCUACGUCACCUUCACACCCAAAUUCAUCCCGAUGCAGAACUACCAGCCUCGCACCGAAGGCGACGAGAUCUUCCGCAUCCCUCUCUCAAAGAAAGACAGCUAUGACGCCCUCGCCAUCAAAGUCGCAGAAUACCUCUCCGCCGCCGGCGCCACCCCCGUCGACCCCUCCCAUCUCCGCUUCACCACCGUACACAUCCAAUCCGGCAAGCCCAAAUCCAUCGUCAAGCGCCAAGCCGGCGCGACCAUGGCCAACGUUCUCCUCGCCGGCAGCGGCUACGGCGGCUACGGCGGCUACGCCCCCACCCAAGCGCCCGACCACAUGUUCUACGAGGUGCUGGAGAUGAGCCUCACGGACCUCGAGCAGCGCAAGACCGUCCGCAUCAACUGGCUUAGCGAGGGCAUCGCCAAGGACGAAGAGUACCACCUGCUGAUGCACAAGCAGUCGCAGUUCACCGACGUGCUCGCGGCUCUGGCGAAGAAGGCCGCGCUGCCGGACGAGUUGCUCGAUCAGAUCCGCUUCUACGAAGCCCACGCGUGUAAAGUGUACAAACUCCUCCCACUCUCUCACGGCGUCGUAGCGUUGAACGAUUUCAUGACCAUCUACGCCGAACGCGUCUCCGAGGAAGAAAAAUCCAUGGACUUUGAGAAAGGGGAUCGGUUGGUCAGUUGUUUCCAUUUUGAAAAGGAGCCGGCGAAGGCGCAUGGGAUUCCUUUUGUUUUCUUGUUGAAAGAAGGGGAGGGGUUUGCCGAGACGAAGGAGAGGUUGAGUAGAAGGACGGGGAUUAAGGGAAAGCAGCUUGAGAAAGUGCGGUUUGCGAUUGUGAAGGGGGGGCAGAGUUAUGUUAGGCCUGUGUGGGUUGAGGAUGAUGAUGUGUUGUCAGAGAAGUUGCAUCCGGACGACCAUCUGGGGCUGGAGCACCCGAAUCGGAAUCGGAGUAAUGCUGUGCGGUAUGAGAGUUUGAACAUCCGGUAG